AGUCCGCUUCAUUUCUAGGGUGAAAUAAGGACUGGGAGGUGCGACAAGAAGCUGUUUAAGUCUGUAGCACUCAGUAACUGACUCAAAAAACCACGCCGACCCCCUCUCCUGUUUCCACCGCACCACCACCAUGUUUAAUCUGGGACCCGCGGAGGUCGGAUACGUGCUGUUCUCGAUCUACGCUGCUAUCAUGACUGUCGUGAUUGUUAUUUUGGCGUGGGCCACCAUGUGUAGAAAACCUGUGAAGCAGUAACCCCUUGGGAACCCCUGCACUCUCGAGUGGGGUGGGGUGGGGGGGAGAAAUGGAGCGCAAUGUAGCGUACAGAAUGAACUGAUCUUCAGAUAGUAGUUAGAGUUGCUUUGAAGAAUAUACACAUCUUGCAUUAAUCGCUUUAGGAAGUUGACUGGUUGAGGACAGGAUGAACGGAAUAGCACUACUGUUCUUUUCCAGCUUCGCUUCCAUCUGUGCAGCAAUUCCACAAUUCCCUGAACAAGAGAAAGAGCCCAAAUUCUGGAGAGACUGGGCUCAGAGAACCCUCACGAAAGCUCUUUCCCUGCAACGCCUCAACACAAACAUUGCGAAAAAUGCCAUCCUUUUUCUGGGGGACGGCAUGGGAAUUCCCACGGUGACAGCGGCCCGCAUUCUGAAGGGUCAGAUGAAUGGUUUCAGCGGUGAGGAGACACAGCUGGAGAUGGAUAAGUUCCCCCAUGUGGCACUCGCUAAGACGUACAACACAAACGCACAGGUGCCUGACAGUGCUGGGACAGCCACAGCCUACCUGUGUGGGGUGAAGGCAAACGAGGGGACUGUGGGUGUGAGUGCAGCAGCUGUGCGCUCCCAGUGCAACACCACCUUCGGAAAUGAAGUCACCUCCAUUCUGAAAUGGGCGAAGGAUGCCGGCAAAUCAGUAGGCAUCGUCACGACGACGCGUGUGAACCACGCAACGCCCAGUGCUGCCUAUGCCCACUGCGUGGAUCGUGACUGGUACUCGGAUGGGGAGAUGCCCCCUGAAGCCAUUCAGGGAGGCUGCAAGGACAUCGCGCGACAGCUGCUUGAGAACAUACCGAACAUCGAUGUGAUUAUGGGAGGGGGGCGGAAGUACAUGUACCCCAAAAACACCCCUGAUGUUGAGUACCCCAAUGAAUACAAGGCCAACGGCACUCGACAGGACGGAAGAAGGCUUGUGGAUGAGUGGAAGAGCUCCAAGGGCAAUCAGGUUGCUCACUAUGUGUGGAACAAGAACCAACUGCUAGCUUUGAAUCCACACAAAGUGGACUACUUACUGGGUCUGUUCGAGCCAGCUGACAUGCGAUAUGAUUUAGAACGAGACAAGCAAAUGGACCCUUCUCUGGCUGAAAUGGUGGAAGUGGCUAUUAAAAUCCUGCAGAAAAACCCAAAGGGUUUCUACCUGCUGGUGGAAGGCGGGCGUAUCGACCACGGGCAUCACGAGGGCAAGGCAAAGCAGGCCCUGCAUGAGGCAGUGCAGAUGGACAUUGCUGUCGGCAAGGCGGGGGUCCUGACCAGUGAGGAGGACACGCUGACCGUCGUCACUGCUGACCACUCCCACGUCUUCACUUUCGGGGGCUACACUCUCCGUGGAAACUCCAUAUUUGGUCUGGCGCCCAUGCAGAGCGAUGUGGACAACAAGCCCUUCACCUCCAUCCUAUACGGGAAUGGGCCGGGCUUCAAGCUGUCGAAUGGAGAGAGAGAGAACAUAUCCACCAUUGACUACAAACAGAACAACUACCUGGCACAGUCAGCCGUGCCUUUGCAAAUGGAGACCCACGGUGGGGAGGAUGUGGCUGUUUUUGCUAAAGGUCCCCUGGCACACCUGCUGCACGGAGUCCACGAACAGAACUACAUCCCCCACGUGAUGGCGUACGCCACCUGUAUCGGGCAGAACACAGAGCACUGCAAAGGGGGCUACCCCGUCCCUUGCGGAGCCAGCUCCCUCACCUCCACACUCAUCAACCUCCUUUCUUUCCUCAUACUCAGCCUGCUGCUGUGCUGGCCCUGAUACUGCUCCUUCACCUCCACACUCAGCAGCCUCCUCGCUCUCCUCGUACUGACCCUGAUACUGCUCCCUCACCUCCACACUCAGCAGCCUCCUCGCUCUCCUCAUACUGACCCUGAUACUGCUCCCUCACCUCCACACUCAGUAGCCUCCUCGCUCACCUCAUACUGACCCUGAUACUGCUCCCUCACCUCCACACUCAGCAGCCUCCUCGCUCACCUCAUACUGACCCUGAUACUGCUCCCUCACCUCCACACUCAGCAGCCUCCUCUCUCUCCUCGUACUGGCCCUGAUACUGCUCCCUCACCUCCACACUCAGCAGCCUCCUCGCUCUCCUCAUACUGACCCUGAUACUGCUCCCUCACCUCCACACUCAGCAGCCUCCUCGCUCUCCUCAUACUGACCCUGAUACUGCUCCCUCACCUCCACACUCAGUAGCCUCCUCGCUCUCCUCGUACUGGCCCUGAUACUGCUCCCUCACCUCCAACUCAGCAGCCUCCUCGCUCUCCUCAUACUGACCCUGAUACUGCUCCCUCACCUCCACACUCAGCAGCCUCCUCGCUCUCCUCGUACUGGCCCUGAUACUGCUCCCUCACCUCCAACUCAGCAGCCUCCUCGCUCUCCUCAUACUGACCCUGAUACUGCUCCCUCACCUCCACACUCAGCAGCCUCCUCUCUCUCCUCGUACUGACCCUGAUACUGCUUCCUCACCUCCACACUCAGCAGCCUCCUCGCUCUCCUCAUACUGACCCUGAUACUGCUCCCUCACCUCCACACUCAGCAGCCUCCUCUCUCUCCUCAUACUCAGCCUGCUGCUGUGCAGGCACAGGACUGGGAGUGCGUUCCAAUGCACCUGGACAUUUUAAAGCACAAAAUUUUCUGGGGCUAUUUUAAUCCAACUGGGAAUCAUUGAAAAAUGCUGGUUGGCAGAUAUUGUUGCUCCGAACAUCUGCUGAAUCAAAAUGUGUGAGUUGUGUUUGUGUUGCCAGGACAUUCCUCUGUGAAAAAAACAAAAAGCUGUAUUAGGGGUGGCGUACCUUUCUGUAACGUGUGUUCGUUUUUCCAUACUUUACUAACUGAACCACUCUGUGAUAGAUGAUGGUUUAAAGUAGGCUUGCUACUAUUCUGUUUUUAUUUUUUUGCCAAAUCGACGAUUAAUAUCAAUGUUUAUUUUAGAAAGAAUUUACCGUUUUUUUUUCAAUCUUUAUUUUUCAAUUAAAGCAGAGAAUGGGUGAAAUUGACUUUUAUGCUUAAAAAAAAAACAGACUUUUUAUGCCACUGAAAAGUCUCAUUUAGCGAAACCCUUGAUCAUAUUCAACAUGCAACAAAACCAUGGUUACGUUUGGUCACAGCUGAGCUAUACAUUUAAAAACUGUCUUAAAUAAAUGUAGUACAAGCAGCAUAUAAAAGUGUAUUACAUAGACCUUUAUAGCAUCAAUUUACGAGUAAAAAUAAUAUGCACAGAACAAAACAUUAGAUAGUUGAACAGAACUAACUUACACUUAUUAUUCUGCCUUGUCUCAGUCACUGUAGAGGCAAGGCAGGCAGGCCUGCUUCGUCCUACUGCGGAGACGUCAGCCGUCGGCCAGGGUAUUGUGCACAAUAUUCAUUAAGUGUUUUUCUCUUGCGCCCCAUUUUCAAGUCAAACUAGUAACUGUCACCGUUUACCUAAAGCAAAAGCCUAUGUACACCUUAAAUGAAAGAAUUCUAGCACUGUUUCAGUAAACGAGAUCUGUCAGAACAGGCUGAAACUACAGUACUAACGGACCACUGAGAUGACUGACGGUGACCCCCAGGCAUUCAGAGCGUAAUGGAGACGUGACAGACAGCAAGUAUAAAAACUACACAAACUAGAGAGGAUUUCUAAAUGAUUAUUUUUGGUAAGAAAAUAAAAAAUAGCAAGUGGUUUUACCAACGUUUAUUGUAUAUAAAUUUAUUUCUGUCUAACUCAUGUUUUUGGGGAAUUCGAUGUUUAACAAGCUUUACCGAUUAAUAUUGAAAAGUAGCAAGCCUACUUAUAAGGGAUAUAGAAUUAAAUCUGUGUUAAAAUGGGAUAACAUGGGAUACAUCAAUCUAGUUCACCAGACAAAUAAGUUUGGUGUGAUGGUCCAAGUGACUUACGAGUGUGUUAAAAAAAAAAAAUCGGGUUUUAAAUGAUGAGCAUUGCAAGAAAUGUCAUUGUGAGAAAUUCAUUGAAGGAGGCAAAUGUAUUGGCUUCAUCAGUGUUUGUCUACUUGAAUUCAUGUGAAUGGCCAAGCCCUUAAUUAUUUCUAACUUAAUGAUCCUGAACAAUGAACCAGAGUUGACAGAGGAAAUAUUACUCAAGAAAUAUCCUGAAAGGAAAAAAAUAUUGCAAGACCUUAUGCUUUGCCCCGUGAUUGGGCAUUCUCAGGGAUGUUGUGUUAUUCACCACCCCUUGUAUGGAAGCUCCUCCCAUCCUGCCACCCCACUCAGUUCCAAUUUGUUAGUCAGUUUCUGUUGAUGCGCUGCGAAGGCGAAGCAAUUUGUACUGAUGCUAGCAAUCAGACAGGCCCCACAUUGCUAGUAGUUGGUGUUGCUGCUGAAGUAGCAUCUAAACCUGAAAACAUAGACAUACAGUAAAAGCUGAUCGCUAUGGAAAUUGCAUCGUCCAUACCUAAACAAUUUGGUGUAUACAGUAUCUAGGUACCACAUUCGAGAGGCUCUCCAACUUAACAAAGGUUUUUUUUUUUUUUUUAACAAA